UAGAUAAAUUGCGCGGGAUAACUGGGCGGUACGAAGCGCUGAUUAUUUGGCUGGGUUUGAUCUUCGCUUGUUGUGCCUAUUGGUGUUCAAUUAUUGACAUGGGCGUCCUCCGUGAAGCCAGCAGUUCACGAGAACAGAGAGCAAGCAGUGCCUGUGCUAGUGGGAACAAACACCAGGCUUUGAAUGGUGUCGGUUCCCCUAGUGGAUCUGUGCUGUCUUUAAAAAAUACUGUGGCCAAGAGAAAAUCAGGCUCUCCACAUGUGAAAGAUGGUAAGGGCCAAAAGCAACUAAGCAUUAAAUCAUUAUUUCCUUCAUCCAAGAAAAAUAAUACAGAUGGAACAGCUGAAGAGCGUAUGAAUGUAGAGACUGGAAGCAGCCAGUUCACAAGCGUUGUGAAAUCUGAAACAAAAGAAAACUUUGAUAGUUGCUCUUCAUUGAACAAACAUGAAACGGAAAAUGGUGAAAGUUCAACAUCUGUUGAUACUUCUAGCAUGAAAAAAGAGGUAUCUGUUGAUUCUGAAGGAACUUCAGCACCACAUCCACAGGAAAAGAAACCAAGACUAGCAGAAUGUGAGCCAAGUGGAAAAGACAGCAGCAGCAGCAGCAGCAAGAAACAAAUAACACCCUCUGUGAAUCUGGAGAAGUGUAAGACUUGCCAUCAGCUGUUAAGCAACCCUGACUUAAAGUUCUAUGAAGGCCAUCCUGAAGGAGCUGUGGAAGAAUUUAUUGCCCUGACAGAUCCAAAGCUGUCGCUUUUCUCAGGACAAGAGGAGACAGUGCAUGAACAUGAUGAGAGGCCUCAGAACAAGAUCACACAUUUUGCUGUAUAUGACAAGGAAGGGCACUUAUGUCCUUUUGAUGGUGGAAUUAUUGAAAGAAAUGGCCUCCUCUAUUUCUCUGGGUACAUGAAAGCAGUAUAUGAAGAAAACUCUGACCCAGAAGGUGGUAUACCUACCAAGGACAUGGGACCAAUCAAUGAAUGGUGGAUUUCUGGAUUUGAUGGCGGUGAACUAGCCCUAAUUGGAUUUUCCACUGCAUAUGGUGAUUAUUACCUAAUGGAACCAAAUGAGUCAUAUUUUCCUUACAUGGAUGCUGUGAGACAAAAGAUAUUCUUAAGCAAAGCAGUUAUUGAAUUCUUACUGAGUGAAACAGACCCGUCGUAUGAAGACCUUUUAAAUAAAUUACAGACGGUUGUGCCACCUAGUGGAAUAUCUUGUUUUACGGAAGACAUACUGCUGCAGCAUGCACAGUUUGUUUGUGAUCAGGUGAUGAGUUUUGACUCUGCUUCAGAAGAAACUGAUGACCAAUUAUUAAUAGCUUCUCCAUGUAUGAGAGCUUUAAUCAAGCUUGCUGGUGUUACAUUAGGAAAAAGGCAAGCUAUGAGACGUGCAGAAAGAAGAGAUGUCACAAAACCAAAGAAGUGUGAAUGGACGAAAGCAACCACCACCAACCUAGUCCAAGAGGUCUUUGAAACAUUCUUCACAGAGCAGAUAGACAGAGACAGCAAUAAAGAAAAUCAGGGCCCCAAGCGUCGCAGAUGUGGUGUGUGUGAAGCCUGCCAAUCACCUGAUUGUGGAACAUGUAACUCCUGCAAGGACAUGGUGAAAUUUGGUGGACCUGGUCGAAGCAAACAGGCAUGUGUGCAGCGGAGGUGUGCAAAUAUGGCAAUUGACGCAGCAGACGAAUCUGAUGUGGAUGAUGACGAUGAUGUUCCAACUACAAAAGUAAAGAGCAAUUCAUUGAAAAUUGGCUUAUCUCAAAAUCAAAACAAAAUUGCAGUACCUCAGGAGAAACGUAGUGUGUCAUGGAUCGGUGAUAUGGUUACAAAAAUUGGGCCCUUUAAGUAUUAUAGUGCAUUUUCAAUUAAUGGUGAAGAAAUAAAGGUCAAUGACUAUGUUGUUGUCAAUCCUGGAUUGCCAGCAACUCCAGUUUUAAUUGCCAAAAUUAGCUACUUGUGGGAAGAUGAAAAGGGCAGCAAAUGGUUCCAUGCAUCGUGGUUUUGCCGUGGAACAGACACAGUUCUUGGAGAGACUGCUGAUCCUCUGGAGCUCUUUGUUGUUGAUGAAUGUGAAAAUACCCACAUCUCCACUGUGAAAUGCAAAGCCAAUAUCCAUUUUACACCUGUUCCUUCAAAUUGGAGGGAAUUAGGUGGUGUCCCUACAAACAAGGAAAAUAACUUUGAAGAUGAUGGGAAGACAUUCUUCUAUCAAAAAAGAUAUGACAUAGAACAUGCAAGAUUUGAAGAUUUGGAAGAGGACCCAGAAUGCCAGGAUGCUGAACAUACGUACUGUGCGGCAUGUACUCGAAGAAAAAUUCGAGAAGAAAAUGAAAAACCAAUUGUCUGCAAUAAACUAGAUUCAGAGUCUCGAAAUCAUGAGGUACACUAUGGUUCUGUGAGGUGGAGAAAUGAAGACUAUCAGAUAGGUUCCAGUGUGUAUCUUAGGCCAGGAACUUUUAAAUUCAAGCGUGUUGCUGCGCCUAAGGAUCAGAAAAACAGAGAUAAAGAGGUUGAAGAAGAUCUUUAUCCAGAAUUCUAUCGAAAAACUUCAGAUUUUGUUAAAGGGUCAAAUGAAGAGACACCACAGCCAUUCUGCAUUGGCUACAUUUCAUCAAUAUUUAUUCAUUCGAGUGAUGUAAUCUCAAGAGACGUUAAAUUAAGAGUAAAUAAAUUUUAUAGGCCUGAGAACACUAUGAAAGGUCGUGAAGCUGCACAGCAGGCAGAUCUUAAUAAACUGUACUGGAGCGAUGAAGAAUGUGUUGUGUCAUUUGAUAACGUUGUUGGGAAGUGCUAUGUGGUGUACAGUGAAAAUCUGGAUGUCACUGUAACACAGUGGACUGAUGAAGGCCCAGAUAGAUUUUAUUUUUCGGAGGCAUAUAAUUCAACAGAUUGCACAUUUGAUGAGCCUUGCCACAAAGCAUCAUUGAUUGGUAGCCAGGGAAAGGGGAAGGGGAAGGGAAAAGGAAAGGGAAAAGGCAAAUCUUCUGAUGAAACAAAAAAAGUUGAAAAUAAAUAUAAAGACUGGCCAAAAAUUUCAAAUAAGUUGAAAUCAUUAGAUGUGUUCGCUGGAUGUGGAGGUCUUUCAGAAGGCCUGCAUCAGUCAGGUGCCGUCGAAUGUUGUUGGGCCAUAGAGAAAGAAGAUGUUGCAGCUCAUGCUUUUCGCCUUAACAAUCCAAAUUGCACAGUAUUUUCUGAGGACUGUAAUUUGUUACUUAAGCUUGUUAUGAACGGUCAGCACACAAAUGACAAAAACCAACGUCUGCCACAAAAGGGGGAAGUUGAUUUGCUCUGUGGGGGACCGCCAUGCCAGGGUUUUAGUGGAAUGAAUAGGUUCAAUUCACGGCAGUACUCACUGUUUAAGAAUUCACUAAUUGUUUCAUAUUUAUCGUACUGCGACUAUUACCGCCCUAGAUACUUCAUUCUUGAAAAUGUUCGAAAUUUUGUCUCAUUUAAGCGAAGCAUGGUUUUGAAACUAACACUUAGAUGUCUACAGAAAAUGGGUUAUCAGUGCACUUUUGGAAUACUCCAGGCAGGCAAUUACGGAGUACCACAGACAAGACGAAGAGCUAUAAUAUUGGCUGCUGCUCCAGGCGAAGUUCUGCCUAAUUUUCCUGAACCUACUCAUGUGUUCAGCCCACGAGCCUGUCAGCUAUCUGUGGUAGUUGAUGAGAAUAAAUUUACUUCUAACUGCAAAUGGGUGGAUUCGGCACCAAGGCGUACUAUAACAGUAAGGGAUUCUAUGUCCGAUCUGCCAGAAAUUCGUAAUGGUCACAAGAAAGAAGAGAUGUCUUACGGGGGAGAGCCAUUAACACAUUUUCAGCGACUGGUUCGUGGCAACCAAUACCAGCCAAUACUUCGUGACCACAUCUGCAAAGAAAUGGCACCUAUAAUUGAAGCUCGUAUUGCGAACAUUCCUACAGGUGUUGGAUCUGAUUGGAGAGAUUUACCAAACAUUGUUGUUCGUCUAAGUGAUGGCAGUUACACUAAAAAACUGAUUUACACACAUCACGAUAAAAAGAAUGGUCGAUCUUCAACUGGUGCACUAAGAGGAGUUUGUGCCUGUGCUACUGGAAAACCUUGUGAUCCCAUGGAUAAACAAACUAACACUCUAAUACCAUGGUGUCUGCCUCAUACAGGCAACAGACAUAAUCACUGGGCUGGAUUGUACGGACGGCUUGAGUGGGAUGGAUUCUUUAGCACAACUGUAACAAAUCCAGAACCAAUGGGCAAACAGGGACGUGUUCUUCACCCAGAACAAACAAGGGUUGUCAGUGUUAGGGAAUGUGCAAGAUCACAAGGAUUUCCUGACACUUACCGGUUCUUUGGUUCAAUAACAGAGAAACAUCGCCAGAUUGGCAAUGCAGUUCCACCUCCAAUGGGUGCUGCACUAGGUUUUGAAAUACGGAAAAGUGUAUCAGCAAGUGAACAAAAACAAUUGAAUGAGAAAAUGGAGUGAAAUUUCUUUGUUGUGUAGAUUUCAUAAAUUUGGGUGAUACGAACUUUGUUGUUGUUUUUUAGCAUGUGAUUUUAGAGAUGUGUUUUAAGACCUUAACUCAUCAAUGCUGUUGUUGAUCUUAAAAUAUUUCUCUGGUAAUGUAUGUAAACGUGAAAGUAGACUGUCAUUUUCUUUUAUGAUGAAUUAUUUUUAAAAAAUGAGCUAAUGAAAGACAUUGAGUCAUUGUUGGCAAAUAUACAUAAAUGUUUUAAGUAUGUAAAGUAACUUCUACCUCUACAGUCUGAGUCAUUGUGGUUUUUUAAAAAAAGUAUUCAUAUAUAUUUAUGUAUUAAAGAUCUCAUUAUACAA